AUGUCCAAGAAGCCUUUGUUUCAACCAGCUUGGUAUCCUCAGAGCACAAAACAAAUUUUUGGUCGAUACGUCGCCGUUCCAUCUCGGCUGCAUGCUCGGCCAUUCGAGAAUACGCCCCUCGCCGGACUCCGCAUCGGAGUUAAGGAUGUGAUCGACGUUGCUGGCUACCCAACUAGGGCAUCAAACCGUGCCUUCAAAAGUUUAUAUCCCGCCAAGGAGAUUUCUGCACCGACAGUCCAGAGGCUCAUUGAACUGGGAGCUGUGGUUGUGCGCAAGACCAGGUCGGAUCAGCUCGCACUGGAUGAAGAACUAACGGCGGAUUGGGUUGACGAAUUUUGCCCAUUCAACCCAAGGGGUGAUGGGUAUCAGACAACCGAGGGAAGCAGUGCGGGCAGCGGGGCCGCGAUAGCAGCAUAUGACUGGCUGAACCUUGCGCUUGGAACAGACACAAUGAGGGCCUUGUUCCAGUCAGCCUCGUCUACGAUACCGUUAGCCUCUUAG